AUGGGCAAGUCAAGCAAGAAAUCCGCCACCAAGGUUGAUGCUGCUCCCGUUGUUGUUUCACCAGUCAAGUCUGGAAAGAAAGGCAAGAGGCAGCCUGAGGAAGAAAUCAAGAAAGUGAGUGCUAAGAAGCAGAAGGUAGAGGAGGUUGUUGCUAAGCAAAAGAAGGAAGCUGUGGUUCAGAAAGUUAAGGAGGAAAGCAGUUCAGAUGAGGAUUCAUCUGAAUCUGAGGAUGAGAAACCAGUUGUGAAAGCUGCCGCCCCUGUCAAGAAGGCACCUGUUAAGAACGGGAAUGCUAAGAAAGCCAAGCCCGAGUCUAGUUCUUCAGAUUCUGAGUCUGAUGACGAUGAUUCUUCUGAUGAGGAUGAUGCAAGUGCAAAGAAGACGGCACCAAAGAAAGCUGAGGUUGCUGUUAAACCUAAGCAGGCACCAAAGAAAGAGGAAAGUUCUGAUGAUUCAGAUGAAGAAUCUGAUGAUGAAUCAUCUGAAGAUGAGAAACCUGUUCCAAAACCUGUUCCUGCUAAAAAUGGUGGUGCAAAGAAAGCUGCCAGUUCUUCUGAAGAGGAGUCUGAUGAGGAUGAAGAUUCUUCCUCUGAUGAAGAAGCACCAAAAGCUAAGGCUGUCCCUGCUGCUGUGAAGUCUGCUGCUGCAAAGAAGCCAGCUAAAAGCUCUGAUUCUGAUAGCUCAGAGGAGUCUGAAGAUGAUGAGGAUACCAAGGCUACUGUAACUGCAGUGUCUAAGCCAGUUCCUCUUGCCAAAAAGACUGAGGAUGAUGAUGAAGAUAGCAGUGAAGAAGAUGAUAGCAGCUCUGAUGAAGAUCAUAAAACUUCCAAAACUGCUAAUGGGAACAAGAAGGCAGUGGCUGUUAAGAAAGAGGAUAAGAUGAAUGUUGACAAGGAUAGCAGUUCUGAGGAAAGUGACAGUGAAGCGGAGAGUGAGGAUGAACCAGCCGAAACACCUCAAAAAAAGACUAAAGAUGUGGAGAUGAUUGAUGCUGACAAAUCUUCAAAGAAAGCUCCUGCUACCCCAGCUACACCAAAUGAAAAUGGAGGUUCAAAGACCUUAUUUGUUGGGAACCUGUCAUUCAAAGUCGAUCGACCUGACAUUGAAAAUUUCUUUCAAGAAUGCGGAGAAGUUGUUGAUGUCCGUCUUGCUUCAGACGAGGAUGGGAGGUUCAAAGGCUUUGGACAUGUUGAGUUUGCGACUGCAGAGGCAGCCCAACGUGCACUUGAGUUGAAUGGGCAGGAAUUGUUGCAAAGAGGUGUCCGACUUGAUUUAGCUCGGGAAAGGGGAGCUUACACUCCAAAUAGUAACAGCAACUUCUCUGGCCCCAACAGUGGUAAAGGCCAGUCCCAAACUGUAUUUGUCAGGGGUUUUGAUAAAUCUCUUGGGGAGGAUGAGAUUAGAGCUAAGUUGGAGCAACAUUUUGCUUCUUGCGGGAAGCCUUCAAGGGUGUCAAUCCCAAAAGAUUAUGAUUCUGGUUAUGUGAAGGGGUUCGCAUACAUGGACUUCAAAGAUUCUGAAAGCUUUAACAAAGCUCUAGAACUCCAUGAAAGUGAACUUGAUGGUUACUCGUUGUCAGUGGAUGAAGCCAAAGCUAGAGAUGCUCCAAGCAGUGGAGGUCGUUUUGACAGGGGUGGCCAUGGAGGUCGUGGUAGAGGUCGUUUUGACAGGGGUGGUCAUGGAGGUCGAUUUAGUGGAAGGGAUGGCGGUAGAAGGGGUGGAAGGGAUGGCGGUAGAAGGGGUGGCCGUUUUGGAUUCAAUAAACCAAGUAUUGUUUCAGGAGGAAAAAAGACUACUUUUGCCGACGACGAGUAG